CAGCCCAGCCCUGUGCUGUGCGCCCAAGAGAAAAAAAUAUUGGCAGAAAGGUUGAACCGCCCUGGUCUUCAUCACCGAGGACAAAACCGCGUUUUUCCACGGCCACCAUCCCCAACAUUCGCCUAUUCCAACCCCUGCGCCGUGUUCCAAGCAAUCCCACGCCACCACUUCUCCCUCCCCGUCUUCGCUUCCCCAAAUCGCGAUUUUUAUAUUUUCCCCUUCUCCCCACCGCCACCAGCUCCCCUUCGUCUUGCUCUAUUACCGUCCGGAUCGGCGGGCGCUCUUCCGCUCCAUCUAUCAUCCGAUUCUCAGCUAUGGCGAAGCUCCCCGUGUACUCCGUACUACUACUCUUCUUGCUGGUGCUCUCUCCGUUUCUCGCUUCCGGUAAGAGCGCCAGGCUGAAUUCGUCGGGCCCCUUGUACGGCAUCGAGUUCCCGCCGUUCAACACCGCCGUGGCCGACGCCGGCUGCGACGGCAAGCUGCUCGCCGAGGAAGAAGAGCAGAAGGACCGGUCUCCGUCGCUAAAGCUGCACAUGAGCCGCCGGUCCCCCGCUGAAGCCACGGCGGGCAGGACAAGGAAGGAUUCGUUCCUGGAGUCGGCCCAGAAAGACGGCGUCCGCAUCGCCACGAUGCACCGGAGGGUCGCCCUCCAGGCCCAGGCCCAGCCCGGGCGACGGUCGGCGUCUUCGUCUCCACGGCGGGCGCUGUCGGAGCGGCUGGUGGCGACGGUGGAGUCCGGCGUGGCGGUGGGGUCGGGGGAGUACCUGGUGGAGGUGUACGUGGGCACGCCGCCGCGGCGGUUCCAGAUGAUCAUGGACACCGGCAGCGACCUCAACUGGCUGCAGUGCGCGCCCUGCCUCGACUGCUUCGACCAGCGCGGCCCCGUCUUCGACCCCAUGGCCUCCACCUCCUACCGCAACGUCACCUGCGGCGACACCCGCUGCGGCCUCGUCUCGCCGCCAGCGGCACCCAGGACGUGCCGCAGCUCGCGGAGCGACCCCUGCCCGUACUACUACUGGUACGGCGACCAGUCCAACACCACGGGCGACCUCGCCCUCGAGGCCUUCACCGUCAACCUCACGGCCUCCUCCUCCCGGCGCGUCGACGGCGUGGUGCUCGGCUGCGGCCACCGGAACCGGGGCCUCUUCCAUGGCGCCGCGGGCCUCCUGGGCCUCGGCCGCGGGCCUCUCUCGUUCGCGUCCCAGCUCCGCGCCGUGUACGGGCACGCCUUCUCCUACUGCCUCGUCGACCACGGCAGCGCCGUCGGCAGCAAGAUCGUCUUCGGCGACGACAACGUGCUACUCUCGCACCCGCAGCUCAACUACACGGCCUUCGCGCCCUCAGCCGCCGAAAACACCUUCUACUACGUCCAGCUCAAGGGCAUCCUCGUCGGCGGGGAGAUGCUCGACAUUCCGUCGAACACCUGGGGCGUGUCCAAGGAAGACGGCUCCGGCGGCACCAUCAUCGACUCCGGCACCACGCUCAGCUACUUCCCGGAGCCGGCGUACAAGGCGAUCCGGCAGGCCUUCGUCGACCGCAUGGACAAGGCCUACCCUCUCAUCGCCGACUUCCCUGUGCUCAGCCCCUGCUACAACGUGUCCGGUGUGGAAAGGGUCGAGGUGCCGGAGUUCUCCCUGCUGUUCGCCGACGGCGCCGUGUGGGAUUUCCCGGCGGAGAACUACUUCAUCCGGCUCGACACGGAGGGCAUCAUGUGCCUGGCCGUCCUCGGCACGCCGCGCUCCGCCAUGUCCAUCAUCGGCAACUACCAGCAGCAGAACUUCCAUGUCUUGUACGACCUGCACCACAACCGGCUCGGCUUCGCGCCGCGGCGCUGCGCCGAGGUGUAGCUGCAGCUACAAAGGAAGAAGGAGAGAUGACAAAUUCAUCGAGUCCUCGGUUUGAUUGAUUGUGUAGCUAACUGGGAACAAGUUGGGGUGUAGAAAUUUUUGGGGUUUUCGUAUCUCUAAACGGGAUUAGAGAGCUGUUAGGGAUACAUACACAUUUUAGCAUUUCAGUUUUGUACACAGUUUUCUUUUUCUUUUUGGCAAGAUCUUUUUAGUUUUGUGGUCAUAUAUUUCUUGGUAGUACUUGAUGGUUCUGUUAGGAUUGUGACAUUUUGGAUUUUGUCCGUCCUCCAGCUUGUCGUUCCCUUUCGCAGGUUCAAAUCUUAUGCAGAAAUCUUGUUCCGACAA